CAGUCGGCGGACCGACCAGCGCGGCGGGCCGCCGCAAGUACCGGUACUGGGAGCCGGCGCGCUGCCCAGCUCUAGGCGGCGCGGCGGUGCCGGCCGGCGCCCAGUCGUCCGUCCGUCCGUCCGUACGCCGCCCGUAGUCCGUCCGACAGCAGCGCUCCUACUGAAACAGCAGCCAUGGUGUACUUUCCGACCGUCACACCGCACGAGGGCUUCAACCCGGAGGAGGAUGCCGCCGCCAUCAAGAAGGCGAUGAAGGGAAUGGGCUGCGACGAGGGCCCCAUCGUGGCCAUCCUCUCCAAACGGUGCAUCAAGCAGCGCGUGCAGAUUGCCGAGUGCUACAAGCGGGAGUACGGCAAGGACCUGGCCGAGGACCUGAAGAAGGAGCUCGGCGGAGACCUGGAGACCAUCAUGAUGGCCCUCACCUACUCCUACUUCGAGUACCUGGCGCGCGAGCUGCAGAGCGCCUUCAAGGGCAUGUCCACCAAGGAGAAGGUGGUGCUGGACAUCAUCCUGACCCGCAACAACGCCGAAAUGCACCUGCUGCAGGACACCUACUCCAAGAAGUGCCACUCGACGCUGGACGAGGCGGUGCGCAAGGGCAUGAAGGGCGACAUCGAGAAGCUGCUGGUGUCGAUCCUCAGCGGCAGCAGGGACGAGACGGACCGCGUCGACCAGCAGAAGGCCAAGCAGCAGGCCCAGGACCUCUACAAGGCCGGCGAGAAGAAGCUGGGCACCAACGAAGAAGCGUUCCGGAAUAUCUUUGCCAGCGAGAGCCUACCUCAGCUUCUGGCGAUCGAGAAGGAGUACGAGGCAAUCUCGAAAAAGACGCUGCAGGAGGCCAUCAAGAGUGAGCUCAGUGGCAGCUUCCAGAAGGCCCUGCUUAUUCUGCUGGCGGUGGCCAAGGACAAGGUGGAGUACUACGCCGACUGUCUGUACGACAGCAUGCAGGGCGCCGGCACCGACGACAAGACGCUGAUCCGGAUCGUGGUGUCACGCAGUGAGCUCGACCUGGGCGCCAUCAAGGCCAAGUACCUGGAGAAGUACGGAAAGACGCUCGACCACUCCAUCGAGCGGGAGACAUCCGGAGCGUACAAGAACGCGCUGCUGGCACUGGUCCGCGGUUAGACGCUCCGCCAUAGGUCAGACCGAGCGGCGGCGGAGGCUCUGCGGGACACCGCGGCUCCACCUGCCGCGCCGCACUGCAGCUCUCGGUCACAGGGGGCGCUCCGCUGUCCUGAGGGCGUCCUCUGACACCGCGGGCGCCGUCCUUUGACACAGCGGGCGCCGUCCUCUGACACAGCGGGCGCCGUCCUCUGACACUGCGGGCGCCGUCCUCUGACACUGCGGGCGCCGUCCGGUCACAGCGGGCGCGGGUGCUGGGAACACUGUGAACGAAUGCUUGCAGCAGCUGAAUUGCCAUUCUCAUGUGUCACUGGUUGUUACUAUGUGCCUAAAACGCUUUAUAGGCGAGCUGUGAAUCGGAUGAUUGUACUCUGGUGUUUUUUUUCGUGCUGCCAAGUCAGAUUUAGUUGUCAAAUGUACCCGCACCAUGGAGGAAAGAAAGGGCGCAGUUUUUGGUGUCGAACUAAUGUCCGACUACAUUUCACAAUCUCGCUCAGUCCACGACUGCCUCUUUAGUACAUCACCGAGAACCAUACGCUUUUAGGCUUCACGAGUUUCUAUACUUCUGCUAGCUUUAACACGAAUCGUCCAGCUUAAUAAACGUGUGAAAAUAGUUAUAAAUGUGUUUAGAAGUAUUGGAUGAGGACGGGAAAUAUAAAUGCUGCCGACUGCUCGUUGGUUGA